UAAGCCGGGAAGGGACGAUGGAGAUCGGGAUCGGCAGGAUCGACUUGUGGACGAUCGAGGGCGCGCUUCAUCUUCACGAUUGGAACUGGUGGAGUGGACGGGCAAGCUUGAUAAUUUUUUCUUGUGUUUUUCUUUUUUCGACGCCAGUUUACGGGUGUCGGUGAAAUCCGAAUUUUUUCAAGCGUUCUUGAUCUUGUUCCGUUUUUUUUUUGUCGUUUCUUUUGACGGUAAUUUUUUUUUGGUUGCCGAAUCCAGUGGUAAUUCUCACGUAUACGUGUUGUCGUUAUACAUCGUGAUGUACGCUUUGCGCUUCUUGACCAUUUUUUUUGUUGUGUCGAGAGCUCAUAUCGGUGACAGGAUCAAUCGCAAGUUGGUGCAUUCUUGGUUGAAGGAAGAUCGAGGUUUUUGACUGUUUGCAGAUUGCGGGCCUUGUUUGAAGGAGGCUUGACGUUUUGUUUCUGAAGAUGGGUUUCGUGGAAAACCGGUUGUGUUUGAUUUGUUCUUCAGCAGAAACAGGAUGUUUGUGGUUUUGAUUUGGUGGUGGAUCGCGCUUGGUUGAUCCCAAAAGAGGGAGAACGUACCUGUCUGAUGAAGUUUUGAUGCGGAAUGCAGUUAGGCAGGGAGGGCGUUGCCCGAACAUGUGUGUGUUGGUGCUGCACAAGGAUCUUGUUUCAUCAUUCAAGAAGGAUUUGCCAGGAGCGUACCUCGAGGUUGGAGAGUAGAGCGUUGCUUUUAAAAUCGCAAUCCGCAUGUUUGGUGUAAGUCGCUUUUGUUUUGAUCUUGCAGUACAGCCGUUGGAAUCAUAGAUGACAUGGACGGUUCGUUUGAUUUUGUUUGAGGCGUUGGACUUCGAGGGGUUUUGAUCCGGCGGCCGGGUUUCCCCUUGGUUUUAUUUUCUUCGUUGUGUUUCAGCUAUUUUGGCAUAGUUCCGACGCACGAGUGGUUCUUCGAUGGUGCAAAGAACCAGGGAGGGUGUUCGUA